UGUGAUGCUGUUCACUUUCUCUGCUGGUUCAGGAUUCAAACGUCGUCGCUUUCGUCAUCCUGUCUGCGGCUGCUAAGAUGCCACCGAAGCUCGAGAUCAUUCUCACCAACAGUACGGAUGGGAUUUUCUAUCCUGGCCAGGAAGUGAUCGGUGACGUGAUUGUAACUCUCAGAAAAAGCUAUAACGUGUCCAAAUUAAAGUUAACAAUUUUUGGUGUUGGUAAAACAAAAUGGUUCGAACGGCAAGGUCGUGGUUCGAUAGCCUACAAGGCGAAAGAACGUUACUUGUACUCAGAGUUGGUCCUGUUCCAAGCUGACGAAAAAUACAAGGAUGUCCCGACCGGAACGUACAGUCAUGGUUUUGCGUGUGUCCUACCGGACACGCUGCCUGCUUCGUUCGAGGGCAAGCGUGGCCACAUUCGUUACUGGCUAAAGGCAACCCUCGAACGUCCCUGGAGACAAUCGAAGAUUCAUUCUCUCAACUUCCAACUCGUCCGGCAGCUUGAUCUGAACAAUGAAAUCCUUAUGCCGGUUCGUUCCGAACUAACCAAAUCUCUCGGCUACUGGCCGUGCGUUCCGAGCGGUGUUCUGUACGCCUCCGUAGAGCUACCUACGUCCGGAUUCGUACCGGGACAGUUCAUUCCAGCGGUCAUCCAGGUGAACAAUAAGGGCGGUAACAAAAUCACUCGAAUCGUCACCAUGCUGGUCCAGAAGAUUACCUACAACGCCAAACGACCGAAGGUCCAUCAGAAGGUGAAACGGCUGGUCGUGUGCAAGAGUGUAACACCGGAAAUAACCCUUCCGGAAGGAGGUGUACUUGCGGCGGAAAACCUACAGGUACCGUGGGUGCUUCCGACUAGCAGUUUUUCACGGGUGAUAGAAAUCGGUUACGAGCUGGUGGUCGAGUUUGAAAUCGAUACGUGUUUCUUCAAUGCCAACCAAAGUGUCCGCGUUCCGGUGGUAAUCGGGGUGAUUCCGGCGCGUGAUGCCGACGCCGUGGAAAACAAUGCUAUCCGUGUGUGGACGCGGAAAGCUUGAAUAUCGGAACCGGUACUGGCUGUUAUUGUUGCAUUAUAAGGUCUGAGAAAAAUU